ACCGCGGAAGGCGGGGAAGGAGGGGGCCGGGCCUCCAGCGCCAGUGGGCGCCGCCAUCGCGCGCCUCCUCCCCUACCGGGCGCCGCCAUCUUGUGCCGUGCCCGUACAGUGCGGGCGCCGCCAUCUUGUGCCCUCCCCGCGCGGUGUGCCGGCCAUGGCGGGGCUGCUGUGCCGCCUGCUGCUCCUCUGCCUGGCGGCCGCCGGGGCCGGCGCCAAUCUGGUGCUGGAGGAGGUGCGGCGCUCGCUGGACCUCAGCACGCACCUGGCCAAGAUCUCGGCCGAGCUCAGCCUCGCCAAUGCGCCGGGCGGCGCGGCCGCCUCCACCUUCCUGCUGGCGCUGGAGCCCGGGCUGGAGCCCCGCCUGGCCCACCUGGGCGUGCAGGUGAAAGGUGAGGAAGAGGAGGAGAACGCCUUGGAAGUGAAAGAGACCAAAGUUAAGGGCAAAAGUGGGAAGUUCUUCUCGGUGAAGCUGCCAUCCCCUUUGGCCCCAGGAGCCAAGGUCCGUGUCUCUGUUGAAAUGGUUUUCACGCACGUCUUGCAGCCCUAUCCCACCCACAUCACCCAAAGUGAGAAGCAGUUUGUGGUCUUUGAAGGAAAUCACUACUUUUACUCACCGUACGUCACCAAGACCCAAACAACCCGUGUCAAACUGGCCUCCAGGAACGUGGAGAGUUACACCAAGCUGGGCAACCCUUCCCGCACUGAGGACACGAUUGAAUAUGGCCCCUUCAAGGACAUCCCUCCAUACAGCCAGGACACUCUGAAGGUGCACUAUGAAAAUAACAGUCCCUUCCUGACCAUCACCAGCAUGACACGAGUCAUUGAGGUGUCUCACUGGGGUAACAUUGCUGUUGAAGAGACGGUUGAUUUAAAGCACACAGGAGCAGUGCUGAAAGGGCCUUUCUCCAGAUAUGACUACCAGAGACAGCCAGACAGUGGGAUCUCUUCUGUCAAGUCUUUUAAGACCAUUCUCCCAGCUGCUGCUCAGGACGUCUAUUACAGAGAUGAAAUUGGGAACAUCUCCACCAGCCACCUUCUUGUCCUGGAUGACUCUGUGGAGAUGGAGAUUCGUCCCCGAUUCCCGCUUUUUGGGGGCUGGAAAACCCAUUACAUCAUUGGCUAUAACCUGCCAAGCUACGAAUACCUCUACAAUCUUGGUGAUCAGUAUGCCCUGAAGAUGAGGUUUGUUGACCACGUGUUUGAUGAGCAAGUUACAGACUCUCUGACUGUCAAGAUUGUCCUGCCAGAAGGAGCCAAGAAUAUCCAUGUGGACAGCCCCUAUGAAAUCAAUCGUGCCUCGGACGAGCUUCACUACACAUAUCUGGACACUUUUGGACGUCCUGUUAUUGUGGCACACAAGAGCAACCUGGUGGAGCAGCACAUCCAGGACAUCGUGGUUCAUUACACCUUCAACAAAAUCCUGAUGCUACAAGAGCCUCUCUUGGUAGUUGGAGCCUUUUACAUCUUGUUCUUCACUGUGAUUGUCUAUGUCAGGCUGGAUUUCUCCAUCACCAAGGAUCCAGCUGCUGAAGCCAGGAUGAAGGUUGCCUGCAUCACAGAGCAGGUGCUUACUCUGGUGAACAAGAGGCUUGGGCUGUACCGUCACUUUGACGAAGCAGUGAAUAAAUACAAGCAGUCACGGGACAUCUCCACCCUCAACAGUGGCAAAAAGUCUUUGGAGAUGGAGCACAAGGCCCUGACAAAUGAAAUAGCCUCUCUGCAGUCUAAACUGAAGACAGAAGGCUCCGACUUAUGUGAUAAAGUAAGCGAGAUUCAGAAGCUGGAUGGCCAAGUGAAGGAGCUGGUGCUGAAGUCGUCGGUGGAGGCGGAGCGGCUGGUGGCAGGCAAGCUCAAGAAGGACACGUACAUCGAGAACGAGAAGAUGCAUUCCAACAAGCGCCAGGACCUGGUCUCCAAAAUCGACAACAUCCUUGAUGCCCUGUAACUCUGCUCUAGCAGCUGCAGAGGUAUGAAGGGAGAUGAGAAUAAUACACUUGAAGCCAAAACUCAUUCCCAGCAAAAUUAGGGGAAAAGCUGAUGUGGAAUGUCUGAAAGUGCAUUUUGUUUUUAGAUUUUUCUAUAGAGCCUGUCUGCUCGACAGUACGUGCUGUGCAAGGAACCAAGCCAGUGUGUUUGGCUGGGUAAUGGGAUUUCUUUACCAGAGGUGAGACUCAGCCAAGUUAUGAAACAUCUCCUGCUUUUGGUUUGCCCUGUAUAGAUGUGCUCUGAGUAAACGCACACAAGGAGCCAGUCUGAGCACAGACAUGCUUAUGGCAAAGCUGAAUGUCUCAGCUCUGGAAAGAAUAAAAGAUACCUUUGUUCUACUUUGAAAUAAAACUGUCACUGCCUUGUG